CGCUUUAGGUACCUCCUUGGCAGCCCCAACGAGGAAGGAGCUGGGGACCCCUGCUCCUCUCAGCUGCGCUCUGUUCUCCCCAGAGGCUUGCUGGAGGGCAAGCAGUUCAGCAAGAACUCAAAACAAGGGCACAGCUCUCACGGAUUCCAGUACUCACUGAAAACGGCUCAGCACAAAAAAAGCACAGUUUUGUUGAAUGCCACUGGGAGGCGAAGCGGGGAGGGAGGUGCAGGCAGUUAGGAGGUUCCAGAAAGGGAAGUGGUUGGCAACGAUUUGUCCUUUUAGUUCCUGACACCCAAGACCACAGCGGGCCUGUGGCCAACGGGGACAAAAAAUCCACAGGUGGGGUUUUUUAACAGCUUGUUCUUAAGAGAGCUUCCCAAACCACAGCGUAAUGAGCACUCAGGUGUCUCAGGCCCACGGAAAGUUUAAUAGAUGAAACCCUGGAUCGUCUCGAAGUGGUGGUUGUUAAGAAGUUUAAAUAUAUUGACCGGAAACGGGGAAAAAUCAGAGAGUGGAGGAGCCGCUCGCACUGCGGGGCAAUCCCUGAGGGCUCGGGGCAGAGGACUGGGGACCAAGCAGGAGCUGGCGGGGUGAGCUCUGCGAAGCGGCCGUGAGACCGAGCGCCCAUGGGCCGGUCACGCCGGGUGACCGCUCACCCCCCAACUCCAGCAGGAGCGCGCGCGCAGGCCCCGCGGGCCCGGGAGGGCGGCACGGGCGGGGCCCCAGCGCUCUCACCGCCCGGGGGUGUGGUUCCCGCUGCUGGGCCGGGCGGGGCGGCGGGUUUAAGGCGCGGGCCGGCCCGACCCGGCUCACUUGCGCCUUUGCAGCUGCCACCGCACCACGCCAUGGAGCGGCCGUCGCUACAUGCCCUGCUCCUCGGCGCCGCCGGGCUGCUGCUCCUGCUCCUGCCCCUCUCCUCUUCCUCCUCUUCGGACACCUGCGGCCCCUGCGAGCCGGCCGCCUGCCCGCCCCUGCCCCCGCUGGGCUGCCUGCUGGGCGAGACCCGCGACGCGUGCGGCUGCUGCCCGAUGUGCGCACGCGGCGAGGGCGAGCCGUGCGGGGGCGGCGGCGCCGGCAGGGGGUACUGCGCGCCGGGCAUGGAGUGCGUGAAGAGCCGCAAGAGGCGGAAGGGUAAAGCCGGGGCAGCAGCCGGCGGCCCGGGGGUAAGCGGCGUGUGCGUGUGCAAGAGCCGCUACCCGGUGUGUGGCAGCGAUGGCACCACCUACCCAAGCGGCUGCCAGCUGCGCGCCGCCAGCCAGAGGGCCGAGAGCCGCGGGGAGAAGGCCAUCACCCAGGUCAGCAAGGGCACCUGCGAGCAAGGUCCUUCCAUAGUGACGCCCCCCAAGGACAUCUGGAAUGUCACUGGUGCCCAGGUGUACUUGAGCUGUGAGGUCAUCGGAAUCCCGACACCUGUCCUCAUCUGGAACAAGGUAAAAAGGGGUCACUAUGGAGUUCAAAGGACAGAACUCCUACCUGGUGACCGGGACAACCUGGCCAUUCAGACCCGGGGUGGCCCAGAAAAGCAUGAAGUAACUGGCUGGGUGCUGGUAUCUCCUCUAAGUAAGGACGAUGCUGGAGAAUAUGAGUGCCAUGCAUCCAAUUCCCAAGGACAGGCUUCAGCAUCGGCAAAAAUUACAGUGGUUGAUGCCUUACAUGAAAUACCAGUGAAAAAAGGUGAAGGUGCUGAGCUAUAAACCUCCAGAAUACAUUAGUCUGCAUGGUUAAAAGUAGUCAUGGAUAACUACAUUACCUGUUCUUGCCUAAUAAGUUUCUUUUAAUCCAAUCCACUAACACUUUAGUUAUAUUCACUGGUUUUAUACAGAGAAAUACAAAAUAAAGAUCACACAUCGAGACUAUCUACAAAACUUUAUUAUAUAUUUACAGAAGAAAAGCAUGCAUAUCAUUAAACAAAUAAACUACUUUUUUAUCACAACA